GCGCGCAGUGUCAAGAAGAUGGCUGACGUGACAGCGGUGGACGGAGAGAAACUCAGCAAAAAGUCUGGCCACUGACUGCUGUAGCUCAGCAUGCUGUGUCUGGUCAGGGCAGCCAGGCACCAGCUGUGCCAAGCCUUUGGGCUCAGGGGACAGUGGUUAAAAUUUGCGCCCCCCUGUACAGCCGCAGUCCCAGCCCUAAUUUACGGGCACCGCUGGAGAGGUGACAAAAGUGAGCUGAAGAGGCGAAUGAAAGCUGAGAAGAAGGCUGCUGAGAAAGAAGCCAAAGUCAAAGAGACUGUGGAGAAGAAGAAGGAACCCAAUGACCAAGGAGCGCAGAAUGCCUACGGGGCGGAUGAGGAGACGCUUGACCCCAACCAAUACUUCAAGAUCCGCACCCAAGCCAUCCAAGGGCUGAAGGGCACAGCAGAGGACCCUUACCCACAUAAAUAUCAUGUAGAUAUGUCACUCACAGAGUUCAUUGAAAAAUACAGCCAUCUACAGCCUGGAGACCAGCUAACAGAUGUUGUUCUCAAUCUGUCAGGCCGCGUCCAUGCUAAGAGGGCCUCUGGUGCCAAGCUGCUUUUCUAUGACCUGCGAGGGGAAGGCGUCAAGCUGCAAGUUAUGGCAAACUCAAGGAGCUACAAGUCUGAGGAUGACUUUGUGGCCAUCAACAACAAGCUGCGGCGCGGGGACAUCAUCGGUGUCCGUGGCAACCCAGGAAAGACAAAAAAGGGGGAGCUGAGCAUUGUUCCCAUAGAGAUGACACUGCUGUCGCCUUGCUUGCACAUGCUGCCCCACCUCCAUUUUGGCCUCAAAGAUAAGGAGACACGAUUCCGUCAGCGCUACUUGGAUCUUAUUCUCAACGACUACGUGAGGCAGAAGUUUAUAACACGCUCCAAAAUUAUCACCUACCUGCGCAGCUUCCUGGACCAGCUGGGAUUUUUGGAGAUCGAGACACCAAUGAUGAACGUUAUUCCUGGUGGAGCCGUGGCCCGUCCAUUUGUUACUUACCACAAUGAGCUAGACAUGAACCUCUUCAUGAGAAUCGCUCCUGAGCUCUACCACAAGAUGCUUGUGGUUGGUGGGAUAGACAGAGUGUAUGAGAUCGGGCGUCAGUUCAGGAACGAGGGCAUCGAUAUGACUCAUAAUCCAGAGUUCACCACCUGUGAGUUCUACAUGGCGUAUGCAGAUUACAACGACCUGAUGGAAAUCACAGAGAAACUCCUCUCAGGAAUGGUGAAACACAUCACUGGAGGGUACAAGGUGACGUAUCACCCUGACGGUCCAGAGGGACAGGCCUAUGAGAUUGACUUCACUCCACCUUUCAGAAGAGUCAGCAUGACACACGACCUGGAGAAGGAAAUGGGCGUCAAAUUCCCAUCUCCGGAAACUUACAACAGCGACGAGACACGUAAAUUCUUUGAUGACCUGUGUGCCCAGAGAGGAGUGGAGUGUCCUGCACCCAGAACCACUGCCCGCCUCCUCGACAAGUUGGUGGGUGAUUUCCUUGAAGUCACUUGUAUCAACCCCACGUUCAUCUGUGAUCACCCUCAAAUCAUGAGCCCCUUAGCAAAAUGGCACAGAUCGCAGAAAGGCCUAACAGAGCGUUUUGAGCUCUUUGUGAUGAAGAAGGAGGUCUGCAACGCCUACACUGAGCUGAAUGAUCCAAUCAGACAGAGGGAGCUGUUUGAGCAGCAGGCCAAGGCCAAAGCUGAGGGUGAUGAUGAGGCCAUGUUCGUUGAUGAGACCUUCUGCACAGCACUCGAAUACGGUCUGCCACCAACAGCCGGCUGGGGUAUGGGCAUCGAUCGUCUCACCAUGUUCCUCACAGACUCCAACAACAUCAAGGAGGUGCUGCUCUUCCCCGCCAUGAAGCCUGAUGACAAUAAGACAUCUGCACCCACAGAGGGCACCUCUGUCUAACAGCCUGACCUCCGGCCUCGCCCGCCGACAGAUCUCUCCAGGAGUCAACAUGGAGUUGGCCCUGCCCCCACUGUGGCUGUCGGUGGACUUUGCUGGUUUUAUGUCCUGUCCCGUCAGCCUGUUAGUAAGGUUUGAUCCUUGCAGUCCACCACGUUAAGGGAACUUUUCUAAGAAUUACAUGGCUGAAUGAUAACCAAUGAUGAAUACUCUUUGUAUUUCUUAUGCUCUUGUGAUCAUAUUUUCUGUGUCCUCCUCAGUUGAGUGCCGGGGGACAUUUUAACCCACAAUCUCAUCCACACAGUGAAUGGAGGGUACUUGAUCAGGAAUUCAUGUGUGUUUCACUGUUCUGUGUAGACCUGGAUAAAAUACCUUUUGAAUAUGCUUUCUAAUAUUUGAGCUCGUUUAGGCGUGCUUGAUUCUCAGCACACAGACAAAAAAUUUCAGAAAAAGAUGCAUCACUCUCAAAAUUCACAAAAGUCGAGCACACCUAACGUUCUAAGUAUUCCAAACGUAUUCAAUUAUUUUUCCCAGGCCUGAUUGUAUUCAUUGUAUGAGAAGUUUCAACAUGGAGUGCAGAAAUGCAAUGUUACUCUGCCAAGAACUUUAAACAUGGGAACAUAAGAAUAAAGAUUAAAAAUGAC